AGCAAAUGUUGUUCAGGCACUAAAUCUCGGCUUAGAUGAGCUUAACGCUCAUGCUCAGCAGCACAUCAAUCCUGGGAUGUUUAAGGAAAACCAUUGUUUUUGGAUGUUGCUACCAAGACCCACAAGGAUCAGAAGGAGUUUUAAGCCCAGAAACCACUCUUGUUGUUAAUUGCUUCAUCACCAUCUCUCUGCAAGUUUUAAGAUAUUUCCAGGAAUAGGAAUUUCCUUUAUGGAUUCCUUGAAAGAUGCAAUUCUUGGAAGGGUAGGCGAAUAUGUAGAUUCUCACAUAAACUUCCAAAAGGAUGUGGAUUAUCUUAGAGAAAGAGUGGAAGAUUUAAAGCGUAGAAGAAAGGAUAAAGAAGCAGAGCUAAGAACAGUAGAUCUCUUAAAAAAAGGGGUCAAAGAAGAAGUGCAUGCAUGGCUUAAAAAUGCUAGGAGGAUCAUUGAUGAAAUGCUACAUAUUGAAGAGGAGGUGCAGAAUGUUCCAUACUUGUCGCGUGGUAAACUUGGAAGACGUGUUCGUCAAAAGAUUCAAGAGGUGAGGGAAAUUUAUGAUCGAGGCAGUUUCCCUGAAGGUCUUGUAAUUGAAAGGCCUCCGCCUAUCGGAUCCAGUUUGGUAAUAGAGAAUUUGGAGGGUGAGGUUGAUGUGAAGAAAAAAAUUUGGAAGUACUUGAGGAGUGAUGAGGUUGGAAUGAUUGGAGUUUGUGGAAUUGGUGGAGUUGGCAAAACUACUAUCAUGAAGCACAUUCAUAAUCAAUUAUUGAAUGAGGUUGCCUUUAACAAAGUGAUUUGGGUUACAGUAUCGCAUCCACUCAAUAUUAUAAAAUUACAAGGUGACAUUGCUAGAAAAAUGAACAGAAGUCUUAAUGAUGAUGAGGAUGAAUUGGAGCGAGCAUCAAGACUGAUGGAGAUUAUGAAAACGGUGAAAUAUGCAUUGAUUUUAGAUGAUGUGUGGGAUAAAUUUACCCUUCAGAAAGUUGGAAUACUAGAACCAACAAUGGAAAAUGGGUGCAAAAUUGUUGUUACUAGUAGAUCAGUUGAUAUAUGCAAUUACUUGAGAUGUCAAAUAGUUAAGGUGCCACCUCUUUCAAAACAAGAGUCUUUGAACUUGUUUUUAGAUAAGGUGGGGCGAGACAUUCUACAAAUUUCUGAUUUGGAAGAGAUUGUAAAGCUUACCGUGGAUGAAUGUGCUGGUUUGCCACUGGCCAUUGUCGUCAUUGCUGGGAGCAUGAGAGGAGUAAAAGAUAUUUGUGAGUGGAGAAAUGCAUUACGUGAAUUGCGUCAAUGUGUGGUGGAUGCAGAUUCAGAAGAUGAGAUAUUUAAUCGUUUAAAGUUUAGUUAUGAUCGUUUGCAGAAUUCAGACAUUCAAAAUUGUUUCUUAUAUUGCUCAUUGUAUCCAGAAGAUUGUGAGAUUAGCAAGAAGGAUCUGAUUGAAGAUUGGAUUUGUGAAGGACUUAUUGAAGAAUUAGGGAGCAGACGGGAAAAGCAUGAUAAAGGACAUACUAUUAUAAAUAGACUUGAAAACAAUUGUCUGUUGGAGAAAGGUUAUAAAAGUAGACAUGUUAAGAUGCAUGAUGUUUUGAGGGAUAUGGCAUUGCGUAUCAAAAGCACUGGUCCUUGUAGGUAUAUGGUAAAAUCUCAAAUGGGAGUAACAAAGAUACCACAAGAGAAUGAAUGGACUGAAGAUCUUGAAAAGGUUUCCCUCAUUGCAAAUAAAAUAUCAUAUAUUCCUAUAAAUAUGUCUCCAAAAUGCCAGAUGCUCUCAACCUUGAUUUUAAAGGCUAAUGAAAGCUUGAGACAAAUUCCUGAGUGCCUUUUUGGAAACUUGCUUGGGCUCAAGUCUCUUGAUCUUUCUUUCACUGGCAUAGAAGCUCUACCCAAUUCCAUAUGUAACCUUGAAAAUCUUACCACAUUGAUCCUUCGUGGAUGUAGGCAUUUAGAAUGCAUACCUUCCUUAGCAAAGCUUAAGCUAUUAAAGAAGUUGGAUUUGUAUGGAGCAGGCCUUCUUGUGGCUCCUAAAGGCAUUGAAAUGUUGGUAAAUCUUGAAUAUCUCGAUUUAUCUUGUCCAAAGCUAGGGGAGCUACCAGAAGGAAUGAUCAUCAACCUCUUCCGCCUCCAAUACCUAUGUAAAGGUGGGAUUUCAACUGAAGAAACAAUAAGAGUAGAAGAAGUAGUAAGGUUGAAGAUGCUGGAAAGUUUUGAAGGUAGUUUUUAUCAGCUAAAAGACUUCAACAGUUUUGUUAGCAAGUUAAAACAUUUGGGAAGACUCAGUCAUUACAUAUUUGUUGUGGGACCACACAAUAAUGACCAUUUCCGGAAAUUUGAUUAUAACAAUUGCCUGAAAAAGGUAAUUUUACAAGAUUGUGAGAUAAGAGGAGAAGAUGACUUGGUGCUUCCAGAUGACCUUGAGGAUUUGACUAUUGGUUUAUGCAGUACUGUCGGUGAUGUUUCUAUUUUUCUAAAAAAUAUAACUCAGUUGAGAAGGUAUGAGCUGUGGAACUGUAAAGGGAUAGAGUGUGUGGUCUCGUCAUCAUCUUUGGAACCCCUCACAGUUAUGAAUAACCUUGAAUAUCUAAAGCUUAGUCACUUGCCUAGCUUUUGUGAUUUAGUGAAAGUGUCCAAAACAACAGAAUGGCAUGCACCAACAUCCCCUCACAUUUUUUCCAGUCUCAAAGAGUUGCAUGUAGUGAUGUGUUCAAAAAUGAAGAAGUUGUUUCCAUGUGAACUGCUGCCGGACUUACAAAACUUGGGGCGUGUUAAUGUUCAUUCUUGUGUUGAGAUGGAAGAAAUAAUAGCAUGGGAAGACGAAAAAGGAAAUCAAACAACUACUGCAUUCACUCUUCCAAAAUUAAGGAUACUGAUAGUAGACGGAUUACCUGAAUUGAAGAGAAUUUGCCCCAAAAGAGGAGUAAUGAUCUGUGAUUCACUUGAGGUCAUUAACAUAUGGAGCUGUCCAAAGUUAAAAAGGAUUCCCCUUAGUCUUGUUGGCAACAGAUCUCCUGCUCUCAAAGGAAUCUCUAUAGAACCAAAAGAAUGGUGGGAAUCACUGGAGUGGGAGAAACCUGACGAGAAAAAUGCCCUCCUGCCUUUCAUCAAAUUCUAGUUAAGUAUGCUAAUAUGUAUAUGUAUAUAUAUUCAUUUAUUUUGCAUCACUUGCUUUCCGUUCUCUGUUAUUUCAUAAAUAAAUAUUUAGUCUCUUUUUACAAUAUUUUUGGUUCAUAUAUAAAUGUAAUUCUUGGUACCAACCAUGUUUGAAGGACUCAAAAUGUCAAUGUUGAUUUGCUUUUUUAGCGAAUCUUUGAUUAUUUGUGUCAAGAUGUCUCGGACACUAAUUCUUCUUUAAUUAAUUGCAGUCAGCAUUAGUAGGCGCAAUGGGCUCGUAUCAGUCUGUUCAGCUUUGAAAGUAUGGCAGUUCCAUCAAUUUCUGUCUUCAAUUUCAAAUGCCCUGGUCAGGCUGCAUCUCUUACCCAUCUCAAACCUCUUUCCUCAACUCAGCAACAUAGCUAAGGAAAAUAAAAAUUGGAUUCAUACUUGAAUCAAAGUCUUUGUUCUUGCUGUAUGGUGCUAUAGCUAAACUUUAUUUAAUGCUUGUUUCUUGUUUCUUGAGCCGAUUGCUUCGUUUGAAGCAACGUAUCCUUGAGCAUAAGUUCUGCAGCUUCUAUAUAUGCUUAUUAAUGAUUGGAAAAGAAAACAGGUGCAACAGA